AUGUGUGUAAGAGUUUUGGGUAAUGGGCGAAACACUUCUUUUUGGAAGGAUUCUUGGUGUACUACAACUCCUUUUUGUGUUCGAUAUGGUAGGCUCUUUUCUAUUACUAUCAACGCAGAGGCAACCGUGGCAGACAUGUUCUUUGGUAGAGGGGGUGGUGUUGAGUGGAAUUGGAGGUGGAGAAGGCCUUUAUUUCAGUGGGAAUUGGAACAGUUGGAUCUAUUAGUUUUUGAUCUUCGUGGUUUUCAGGUUCAAGAGUAUACUCAUGAUUCUUGGAGAUGGAAAGCUGAUUCAGAUGGCAAGUAUUCUGUCAAGUCAGCUUAUCAUGUUAUUGUCAAUGAUUCUCUUUUUGCUGAAAUACCAUUACACAGGAUGGAGACUUCUUCACACCUAUUAUUUGAGUGCUAUUUUGCAUAUCAUGUUUGGAUGCUUUCCUUGGAAUGGUGUGGCUUCACUUCUGUGCUGUCAAAUAGCUUCAUUGCUCAUUUUGAUCAAUUUCUUGGGCUGCCUCUCUGUCCUUCCAAAAUGAGGGUGCUGUCUACUUUAGACGUGCUUGAAUUGGUAAAAUUGCACACUUGGAAAUGGUUAAAAGCGAGAGAUAAUUCUUUUUCAUACUCAUUUUCUUCUUGGGCUGAGUCCCCUGCCUUGAUAGUCUUUUUUUGGAUUGCUAGUUUGGUUGUUCCACCUAUUAGUGCAAGGUCUUUUAUUGUAUGA